AGUUUAUUGGCCCUGGUCUCUCUAUUUAUUCCCCUCUCGUUGACAUUUCCACUCUCAUACUCCGCGUUGGUAUUAGGCAUUCGGAUCGCUCCCUCUGUCUCCACUCGCGCCUUCCCUCUCUCUCUCUAGAUCCCUCUGUGAAAGCAUUUCCUUAGGGAUCUACAACCAGAAAGAGAAAUGGGGCUGACAUUUACCAAGCUUUUCAGCCGCCUUUUCGCCAAGAAAGAGAUGCGAAUCCUGAUGGUUGGUCUUGAUGCAGCUGGUAAGACCACGAUCUUGUACAAGCUCAAGCUUGGGGAGAUUGUGACGACAAUUCCUACCAUCGGCUUUAAUGUGGAGACUGUUGAAUAUAAAAAUAUCAGCUUCACCGUGUGGGACGUUGGGGGUCAAGACAAGAUUCGUCCAUUGUGGAGGCACUACUUCCAAAACACACAGGGUCUUAUAUUUGUGGUGGAUAGCAACGACAGAGACCGAGUUGUUGAGGCAAGGGAUGAGUUGCAUAGGAUGUUGAACGAGGAUGAGUUGCGAGAUGCUGUCUUACUUGUAUUUGCUAACAAACAAGAUCUUCCUAACGCAAUGAAUGCUGCUGAGAUAACUGAUAAGCUUGGCCUGCACUCUCUCCGUCAGCGUCACUGGUACAUCCAGAGCACCUGUGCUACCUCUGGGGAGGGUCUCUAUGAGGGAUUGGAUUGGCUUUCCAACAACAUUGCUAACAAGGCAUGAGGUCUUGCGGAAUAGUUGGUUCUUGUGGGUUUGAUCCUGGAUGCAGGGUGGUCUUUAUCUAGUCAUCUCUUUUUUCCCUCCCCUCCUAAAUGGUUUGCGGCUAUGGAUUUCAAUUUUUAUUUUUAUUUUAUUAUUUAAAAAAAAAAAAAGGCAUUUUGGUUUUCAUUCAGGACCAUCCCAACGGCUACGUUUUGUAGAAUUGUUGGUUUGAUAUAUGUAUUUGAAAUUGUUUGUCUAGUUUCAGAUAACAAUGUUUGUAGCUUUAUGCGCGAUACUAAUUUGGAGUUGUCCCUUUGGAAAUGGUCAAAUGCAUACUAUGGUUUUGUUUUA